CGGGUUAUAGCGCGGUCUCUGAGCUGUCCAUGUUCAUCCCAGCUUUCUUCGAUUGGAGGCCGACAGUGUGGUGAGGUGUUGCUGCAUAGCAUCAUCUGCAGUCGAGACCUCAGCAUCGAUUCUUAGUACACUGAGUUGAGAGGAUGUCAGCAUAGCUCGUUCAUUAACAUGAAUGCACAGCUUGGUCUGGCGGACUCCCAAUCGACUAAUUCAUUGAUGUCUCUAUGAAAGGCCGCGCCAACGGCAACUUUAUCGCGCACAGGGAAAACGGCACCCUCGCCAAUGUCAAUCUCAGCAAAGAUCGAGGCAGUGUCCCUAUCGACAUUGACUGCGACUGCCGAUUCAUCUUCUUCUGCAGGGUGGAGAACAACGAGUGGAAGGUACAAUACGUCAAGCUAUUUUACGAGAAGGAUAAAGUCGUUCCAGUGGACAGCAAGACUGUGCCCGAUUUCCCCAAAGAAGAACUGGAAAAGUAUACACCAGGGUAUCAGUACUUGUUUGUAGCACAACAUUCGUUGGGCCAUCCAAUCUUGAAUGACCUGCCAGACGCGAACAACGAAGGUUUCACUGCCAUGUACAAAGCCAUGGCAGACUGGAUUGAGGGCAAAGAUGUACAUUUAUUCUGGGAAAAGAAAUAA